GACGUCACUAGCGAGACGCGUCGAUUGGCGGUCGGUGCCGUUCCCAAAUGCAUACGAGCCCAGCAAAAGUCCUCGAACAAAUUUAAAUAAAUGCCCCAAUCAGUCUCUCCUUAACUUCUAUCUCACCCCUCUUCCCAUCGAUAGUACGUUCAACGACGAGUUCACUGACCACCAUGUCCACCGCGUCCCUCGAUAGGAAGACCAUCCUCGACACCGACCCGUGGCUCGAGGAAAAUGUCGCUGCUAUCAUUCACCGCCACGACCUGUUUAGGAAUUGGAAGAACAAGUUGGAGGAAACUGAGGGCGGAUAUGACUCUUUCACCCAGGGUUAUAAGAAGUUUGGUCUGAAUGUGUUGCCGGAUAAGUCGGUAGUGUAUAGAGAGUGGGCACCGAAUGUCAAAGAGGCCGUAUUGACAGGCGAUUUCAACGAAUGGAGUAGGGAUUCGCAUCCUAUGCAAAGGAACGAGUUUGGCGUCUGGUCAAUUACUGUUCCUCCUACUUCAGACGGAAAGGUCGCGAUCCCUCACGAUUCCAAGCUCAAGAUCUCCAUGGUCACCCCUUCAGGUGAACGUAUCGAGCGUCUUCCUGCUUGGAUUACUCGCGUCACACAGGACCUGUCUGUCUCUGAGGUAUACGACGCUCGCUUCUGGAAUCCACCUGAGGAAGAGAAGCACAAGUUCAAGCACGCGAAACCUCCUCAACCUCGAAGUGUUCGCAUCUACGAGGCUCACGUCGGCAUUUCCACGAGCGAAUACCGAGUUGGAACGUACAAAGAGUUCACUUCCUAUAUGUUGCCAAGGAUCAAGGAUCUUGGUUACAAUACGAUCCAGCUCAUGGCCAUUAUGGAACAUGCCUACUAUGCUUCUUUUGGAUACCAGGUAACCAGCUUCUUUGCUGCGAGCUCCCGGUAUGGUACUCCAGAAGAUCUGAAGGAACUUGUCGAUACCGCACAUGGCAUGGGCAUCACCGUCCUACUUGAUAUCGUGCAUUCUCAUGCAUGCAACAACGUCCUCGAUGGUUUGAACCAAUUUGAUGGCACCGACCACCAGUAUUUCCAUGAAGGCAGCAGAGGUCGCCACGAACUCUGGGACAGUCGUUUAUUCAACUACGGCCACCAUGAAGUAUUGCGCUUUUUGAUGAGCAACCUCCGUUAUUGGAUUGAGGAGUAUCAGUUUGAUGGCUUCAGAUUCGACGGUGUCACCAGUAUGAUGUACAAGCAUCAUGGAAUCGGUACAGGUUUCUCGGGUGGCUACAACGAGUACUUCGGCGAUACCGUUGAUCUCGAGGCCCUUGUGUACCUCAUGCUCGCGAACGACUCCAUGCAUGAGCUGUAUCCACAAUGUAUCACCAUCGCCGAGGAUGUUUCUGGCAUGCCCCUCCUUUGUAUCCCAGUCUCUAAAGGCGGCGUGGGCUUCGACUAUCGUCUCUCCAUGGCCAUUCCGGAUAUGUGGAUCAAGCUGCUGAAGCACAAACGGGACGACGAAUGGGAUCUGUCCAAUAUCGUGCAUACUUUGACCAAUCGUCGACAUGGCGAGAAGAGUAUCGCUUACGCCGAGAGUCAUGAUCAGGCUUUGGUCGGUGACAAAACCUUGGCGUUCUGGUUGAUGGACAAGGAGAUGUACACCAACAUGUCAGAUCUUACGGAGUAUACCCCUGUUAUUGCUAGGGGUAUAGCUCUACACAAGAUGAUUCGUCUCCUGGUUCAUUCCCUGGGCGGAGAAGGUUACCUGAACUUCGAGGGUAACGAAUUCGGUCAUCCUGAGUGGCUUGACUUCCCUCGCGAGGGUAAUGAAAACUCCUUCCACUACGCCCGCCGACAAUGGAACGUUGUCGACGACCCACUUCUUCGCUACAGGUACCUCAACGAGUUCGACAAGGCCAUGAACCAUCUCGAAGACAAGUAUGGCUGGCUUGCAGCGCCCCAAGCCUACGUUUCCUUGAAGAACGAAGUCGACAAAGUGAUUGUGUACGAGCGCGCGGGGUUGGUGUUUGUGUUCAACUUCCAUCCUACAAAUUCGUUCUUGGAUUACAGAAUAGGCGUCCAGGAGCCGGGAGAAUAUCAUAUCGCGCUUUCAAGUGAUGAAAAGAGGUUUGGUGGAUUCGAUAAUAUUGAUAUCAACUCGAAGUUCUUCACGACGCCGAUGGAAUGGAAUAACAGAAAGAACUGGACUCAUCAGGUAUAUGUCCCGUCCAGGACUUGCAUCGUACUUGCGAAGGUGUAGACUGCUCGGAGGACUUCGACUAUGCUUGAAUUGGAACAGAAACCCAGGAGGGAUUGGUGAUAUACGGCGAACUGCAAUAUGGACAGAAAAAUGUGGAAAUACAGUAACAACUGAUGUAUUAUACGAACCGUUUGGAAUCUUGGACUUUCUUGAAGACAUUGUUCAUGCCGUAGAUAGCGUAAAUGUAUCGGCAGCGCAGUGGCUUCACACUUACAUGUGGACACGAUCAUGGAGUUUCGCAGGCUGACCGCAGCGUUCUCUUCGC